AUGGCGAGGUCCCGAUCGCAAAGUUUGACGUUCAAUGGCCAGAAAAGCGAUGGCGAGCAGCGCAAGAAGAGACAGGCUGUUUCGGAACUCAAAGAAGUCACCAACUACCUUAAAUACGAGUGGCCCCAGCUUUUAGAUUCAAAAACAAACCCCAUCGAUUUGGCAGUUUCCCUCCUAGAUAGGUCUUCUGUGGGGCUAGCACACCGUCUAGACGACUUCCAUGACAUUUCCAAACAGACUCAGCAGGCAUUGAGAAAUGUGGUUAGCCAACACCAUGAGGUUUUCAACAACAGCAUCGGGUCGUACCAUCUUUUACUUUCCAACAUUGACAAUUCACAGGCCGAUACCGAGGAAAUCAAACAGCUUUUGGAGUCCACGACACGCGACAUCAACGACCGCAGUGAUAUGCUCCUGGAACUUAACCAAACCUCGGCGCGUUAUACCGAAAUGAUCGAGAUCUUGGAAGCGAUGAACGACUUGACUUCAGUUCCCGACAAAGUGGACCAGCUUAUCAUCGACAAGAAGAUAGACAAGGUGUACGACGAGAUAUUCAAGGCAUACAGCGUGGCGGAAAAGUAUAAUUUAUGGACUCUUUCGUCUAUGAACAGCACUCAGAACUACCUUGAAAUGCAAUCCAACAAUUUGUUUGACAUGAUAAUCGACGAGUUGCAGAACGAGAUCUACCUCCGCAACACCUCAGCGAACCUGGACUCCGAAGCGGCAGCGUGGCAGCAUUUUACGGCCACUUCCAAUCCGCAAUUGACGUCAUUCAAACUCCUUGUCACCGAGCUGGACACCUUGGAACAAUUUAUUUACAACUCUGCCAACUUGGACGUCCUGGACGUGGCCGAAGCGUUUUCGGAAAACGUGAAGGAGUUUGUCAACGUUCAACUUCCGUUACUUCAUAGCCAUUCCAGUAAGAACGAAGGGGAUGUCAACUAUGCCAUUUUACUUGAUUCCAAACUGAACAAAAAUACCGAGUCGUUCUAUUACAUCUACCUGUUGCUCAACACCGCCUCGCGACUCAACCGUCUUCCCCAGGCCAUCGAGGUCCUUCAUAGUACCACCCAGCAGGAAUUGGGACAAAUGUUCUCUCGAAUCACCGAAGAAACAAAACUUCGAAAUGUCAAGCAGCUUGGAAAAUUGGCCAAACUUCUGAAUUUUGACCAAACGAGCUCAUCGGAAGAUAUCGUUAACGGGAACAACUUUAGCGAUGCAGCGGUGUCGAUUUUAAGUGACUUGUUCUCGUCCUUGUUCGUGAGUUGCUUGGCAGUGAUGCAGCGUCACAAAGUGAUCAGUGAGAUAGUGGACAAAAUUGAACUCCUUCAAAGUCUUCCUACAACCAGCACCUCGUUUUCUCGUUCUUCUUCGAGAUCGGCUCAAAGAACCUACGAUAUCACUCCAAUAUGGAACCAUAUGAAAAAGGAAAUGCAGUCGCUCAUUAUAAGUUACACCUACGAUGAUCUAUUUCACGGGAACCAGGCCAACGAGGGACCAUCUGGCAAUGCUUUGCUCCACGAACUCAAUCGAAACGAAGUGUUCAAGUUUGAAAAUAUUACUCCUGACCUGAUAGCACAAACUAAUGACGACAUGAGAAGCAUUCUCCAAGAAAGAUUUCCAGGAUUUAGUCUUUCGUCUGGUCGAUCUGACCGGUUCACAGAGCCCAACGAGUCGCCGUAUAUCAAAAAUGAAAAUACCACCACAGCAGUGGAAGUGUUGGUGCCAAAAAACAUUUUCAAUAUGAGAGUGAUUCUCGACUUUUUUCUCAUAUUCACUGCGGGCAGUCAUAGGAUAUUCGUUGAUUUUGCAACCGAAGCUCAUGGGCCCGAAAACCGCUCGGCAUCGCAGUUCUUUGAGACAUUCAUGAGUACUGUUUUUGCACCCAAAUUGAGAGAUACUUUUGAUGGGAUCUUUUAUGAGUUUGUGGGAAACUAUAACCACAGGGAAGCCCACGAGCAAGGAUCCGGAGCAACUCUGGCUCUUAGAACAGAAUUGCACUUUCUCGAGUACCCCGGGUUUGGUUCUGCAUUAUCAGCGCUCACCCAGAAGAAAAUUUCCAUUUAUCAGAAUGCCGUUGAUUUCAAACGCUUGCUCAUUAGUGCAUGUUCUGUGCUCAACACUUCGCUUUCGUUUCGCUCGAAUUACAGCGAAAUCGUAUUACACCUUUUAAGACAAUUUUCGUCAGCCUAUGAUCACUUUUAUGGCGAGCUUCUCACCCCAGGCGGAACCGAUUUUGUCAACUACAAUGUGUCUGAGACACUGAGUCGUCCCAGUCUGCGAAUAAAUACCUGGAUGAGAAUCCCUGCUCUCACAGAGAUUUCUGGAGUGAUUCUUCAGCAGUCGGGCAGCGACCAAGAACUCAAAGUUUUGGCAGCCAAAGAAACCGAAAUUAUGCUAUACGACUCCAGCGCUUUCGAUAUUUCACAAGACGACUUUUUCGACAACGAAUCGUUUAAGCAUGUUUGUCAUCUUCUUUUAACUUCCACUUGGAUAUUGACGUGGUUACCUACGCUUCUCAAGCAGUCAGCAAUGAGCGACUCUGCGAAUAGCGAGAGAGCAUCGCGAGUCGUCAAGCUCAGAGACGAAUGGUGUUUCUUGGAAAAUGGUCGGGUGAAUGUGGUGGGCACCAACGAAGAGGAAAAUGUGUUUAUUGCUUUGGACCCAGCAAAGGCAGACUCGUUCUACAAGGUUGUACGAGCAUUUGAAACUAUUCGCGACAAGACCCUUUUAGCAUUGCGGUACGAUUUGCGGUGCAAAGCCAUCUACUAUAUUAGUCGCUCAUACAGAGAAGGAGAAUGGCUUCCUAUUAAUGCUCCUGGAGAUGCAGAUCAGUAUAUUGGACAAUUUAACAAGGAGGUUUUUGCGGUGGACGACAGAUUGAACAGUGUUUUAAGCGACUUGGAAAGAGAGGGUGUAUUCACCGGUUUACCUGAAUUUAUAAGUUCUUUGAUGAUGCUGGGCACACAAUUGGUUUCCAAGAUCAACAGCAACGGUAUCAAGCGGAUUUUAUUGAACAUCUUCACCCUUCAGCAAAUGUUGAGGAACAUGAUGAAAAAGUCAGAAUCUGUGGAUUUCACAAAAGUGUCGAUAUUCUUUGAGUUGUUCACCCAGUCGGAGCAGACGUUGGUGAACCGGUUUGAAAAACGAGAUCUAGGGUUCACCAAGAACGACAUGUUGGAGUUGAUACGGUUGGUCUACAGUGAAAAAUUGGGCGACGGAGGAGGAAGCGCCUUCAACAAAAGUAAGUACAACGAGCUUCGAAAAAGAGCUGACGAUAUAUUCGGAUAG